UUCGAGCGGUGAACGAACUUGAACGGUCUCCGAGGUGAACAGGAUGGUCGCUGUUACUUUGUGAUGAGAUCGGGGAUGAAUCGCUCGGUUUAAAGAUGCUGCUUUGGAUUCUGUUGCUGGAGACGUCUCUUUGUUUUGCCGCUGGAAACGUUACAGGGGACGUUUGCAGAGAGAAGAUCUGCUCCUGCAACGAGGUCGAGGGGGAUCUGCACGUAGACUGCGAGAAGAAGGGUUUCACGAGCCUGCAGCGUUUCACCGCCCCGGCCUCGCAGUUCUACCACCUCUUCCUGCACGGAAACUCCCUCACGCGCCUCUUCCCCAAUGAGUUCGCCAACUUCUACAACGCCGUCAGCCUGCACAUGGAAAACAACGGCCUGCACGAAAUCGUGCCGGGGGCCUUCCUGGGGCUGCAGCUGGUGAAACGCCUGCACAUCAACAACAACAAGAUCAAGUCCUUCCGAAAGCAGACGUUCCUGGGGCUGGACGACUUGGAGUACCUCCAGGCCGACUUCAACUUGCUGCGGGACAUCGACCCGGGGGCCUUUCGGGAUCUGAACAAGCUGGAGGUGCUCAUCCUCAACGACAACCUCAUCAGCACCCUGCCGGCCAACGUCUUCCAGCACGUGCCCAUCACCCACCUGGACCUGCGGGGCAACCGCCUCAAGACCCUGCCUUACGAGGAGGUGCUGGAGCAGAUCCCGGGCAUCGCCGAGAUCCUGCUGGAGGACAACCCGUGGGACUGCACCUGCGACCUGCUGGCCCUGAAGGAAUGGCUGGAGGGCCUCCCCAAGAACGCCCUCCUGGGCCGGGUGGUCUGCGAGGCGCCCACCAGGCUGCAGGGCCGGGACCUGAACGAGACCUCGGAGCCGGACCUGUGCCCCUGGAAGAGCCGCGUCGACUCCAGCCUGGCGGCGCCGCCCGCUCAGGACGACACCUGUGAGCCGGGUCCGCUGCCCUCGCCCGCCGGCGGAGGAGGUGCCAAGGUGCCCGCCGGCGGAGGAGGGACCAAGGUGCCAGGCAGCUGGAAGAUCAAAGGGCGGCCCACCGCCAGCCCGCCGCCCGCCAGGGCCCGGGCCCGAGACCAGGCCCGAGACCAGGCCCGAGUCCGACCGGGCCCGAGCCCCUGCCCAGGCCCGGGACCAGGCCCACGCCGGGACCCCUGCCCCGGCACCUGCGGCUGCGACCGGAUCCCCGGGGCGGGCCUGCGGGUCAACUGCAACGACCGCAACGUGAGCAGCCUGGCCGACCUGAAGCCCAGGCCCGCCGACGCGCAGGAGCUGUUCCUGCGGGACAACCGCCUCCACAGCGUCCGGAGGGCCCACCUGGCCGACUACCGCCACCUGCACCUCCUGGACCUGGGCAACAACAACAUCGCCACGGUGGAGAACCACACGUUCCGCGGCCUGGCCGACCUCCGCUGGCUCUACCUGGACAGCAACUACCUGGACAGCCUGUCCCGGGAGAAGUUCGCCGGCCUGCAGAACCUGGAGUACCUCAACGUGGAGUUCAACGGCAUCCAGCUGAUCCUGCCGGGCACCUUCCACGCCAUGCCCAAGCUGCGGAUCCUCAUCCUCAACAACAACCUGCUCCGCUCCCUGCCCGCCGACGUCUUCGCCGGCGUGUCUCUGGCCAAGCUGAGCCUCCACAACAACUACUUCGGGUUCCUGCCCGUGGCCGGGGUCCUGGACCAGCUGACGUCCAUCAUCCAGAUCGACCUGCACGGCAACCCCUGGGAGUGCUCCUGCCCCAUCGUGCCUUUCAAGCAGUGGGCGGAGCGGCUGGGGCCCGAAGUGGUCCUCAGCGACCUCAAGUGCGAGUCCCCCGAGGCCUUUUUCCGGGAGGACUUCAUGGUCCUCGCCAACGACGCCAUGUGCCCGCAGCUCUACGCCAGGGCCUCGCCCACCCUGGCCCCACGUGGGAAAAACAGCACGGGCCCGGCCGAGGCGGCCACGCACGCCAACUCCUACCUGGAGACCAGCCGGGUGUCCAUCUCGGUCCUGGUGCCGGGCCUGCUGCUGGUCUUCGUCACCUCGGCCUUCACCGUGGUCGGCAUGCUCGUCUUCAUCCUGAGGAACCGAAAGCGCUCCAAGCGCAGGGACGCCAACUCCUCCGCCUCCGAAAUCAAUUCCUUACAGACGGUCUGCGACUCUUCCUACUGGCACAACGGACCCUACGCGGCGGACGGAGCCCACAGGGUUUAUGACUGCGGGUCGCACUCCCUGUCGGACUGAGGGCCGGGGAGGGGGAGGAGG